AUGGUAGGUCGGAACAGCACCAUUGCCGCCGGUGUAUGCGGGGCUCUUUUCAUCGGGUACUGCAUUUACUUCAACCGCAAGAGACGGAGUGACCCCAAUUUCAAGAACAGGCUGCGAGAGCGAAGAAACAAACAGAAACUUGCCAAGGAGAGAGCUGGGCUUUCUAAGUUACCUGACCUUAAAGAUCCUGAAGCUGUUCAGAAUUUUUUCCUUGAAGAAAUACAGCUUGGUGAAGAGUUACUAGCCCAAGGGGAGUUUGAGAAGGGUGUGGCCCAUUUGACAAAUGCAGUUGCUGUGUGUGGACAGCCACAGCAAUUAUUGCAAGUAUUACAGCAAACUCUUCCACAACCAGUGUUUCAGAUGCUUCUGAGUAAGCUCCCAACAAUUAGUCAGAGAAUUGUAAGUGCUCAGAGCUUGGCUGAAGAUGAUGUGGAAUGA